AUGCCGCCGGAGCGAAGGAACCGAAUGAAACCGGACCGGCGUACCAGAGGGAAGCCAGACCGGAAGACUCCAAGGAAGCCGAACCGGAGAACCGGAGCGAGGCCGGACGGACCGGCCCCAAAAGCUGCCCCUUCAUUCCAGCGGAAACCACCGGCCCGGCCGAGCGCGGCGACCGCUACAAUAGCAGUCGCUGUGGAGGAGGAGAGGCGGCUCCGGCAGCAGAACCGUCUGGCGUUGGAGGAGGACAAACCGGCCGUGGAGCGGUGCCUAGAGGAGCUGGUCUUCGGCGACGUCGAGGACGACGAGGAGACGCUGCUGCGGCGUCUUCGGGGCCCGCGGAUUCAAGUACAUGAGGACUCUGGUGACUCAGAAGUGGAGAAUGAAGCAAAAGAUAAAUUUCUCCCUCAAAAGAAGCCAGUUUGGGUGGAUGAAGAAGAUGAAGAUGAGGAAAUGGUUGACAUGAUGAACAAUCGGUUCCGGAAAGAUAUGAUGAAGAAUGCUAGUGAAAGUAAACUUUCAAAGGACAAGCUUCAAAAGAGACUUAAAGAAGAAUUUCAGCAUGCAAUGGGAGGAGUACCUGCCUGGGCAGAGACUAAUAGGCAGAAAACAUCUUCAGAUGAUGAAAGUGAAGAGGAUGAAGAUGACUUGUUGCAAAGGACUGGGAAUUUCAUAUCCACAUCAACUUCACUUCCAAAAGGAAUCUUGAAGAUGAAGAACUGCCAGCACGCUAAUGCUGAACGUCCUACUACUGCUCGGAUCUCAUCUGUGCAGUUUCAUCCUCGUGCACAAGUUGUGAUGGUUGCCGGGUUAGAUAACGCUGUGUCGCUGUUUCAGGUUGAUGGAAAAACAAAUCCUAAAAUCCAGAGCAUCUAUCUGGAAAAGUUUCCAGUAUUUAAGGCUCGUUUUAGUGGUAAUGGAGAAGAGGUUUUAGCCACGAGUACCCACAGCAAAGUCCUUUAUGUCUAUGAUAUGUUGGUCGGAAAGUUAAUUCCUGUGCAUCAAGUGAGAGGUUUGCAAGAGAAGAUAGUAAGGAGCUUUGAAGUCUCUCCAGACGGGUCCUUCUUGCUCAUAAAUGGUGUUGCUGGAUUUUUUCAUUUGCUUUCCAUGAAGACUAAAGAGCUGAUUGGUAGCAUGAAAAUUAAUGGAAGGGUUGCAGCAUCCACAUUCUCUUCAGAUAGUAAGAAAAUAUACGCCUCGUCAGGGGAUGGAGAAGUUUACGUUUGGGAUGUGAACUCUAGGAAAUGCCUUAACAGAUUUGUUGAUGAAGGCAGUUUAUAUGGAUUAAGCAUUGCCACAUCUAGGAAUGGCCAGUAUGUGGCUUGUGGUUCUAAUUGUGGAGUGGUAAACAUAUACAAUCAAGAUUCAUGUCUCCAGGAAACAAACCCAAAGCCGAUAAAAGCUAUAAUGAACUUGGUUACAGGUGUUACUUCUCUGACCUUCAAUCCUACUUCAGAAAUCUUGGCAAUUGCUUCAGAAAAAAUGAAAGAAGCAGUCAGAUUGGUUCACCUUCCUUCCUGUACAGUAUUUUCAAACUUUCCAGUUGUUAGAAGGAAGAAUAUUUCUCUUGUUCAUACCAUGGAUUUUUCUCCCAGAAGUGGAUAUUUUGCACUGGGCAAUGAGAAGGGCAAGGCCUUGAUGUAUCGGUUGCAUCAUUACUCAGACUUCUGAAGAGAUUAUUUGAAAUCCAUUUGAGCCACAAGAGAAGUCCAUCCUGAUACAUCUUUUCAGAAUAUCUCCUGAAUGUGUAUAGUGACUUAUUGGGAGCCAGUUGCGCUUAUUUACAUUAACAGAAAUGUCUUAAUAAACACAUGGCAACUUUUGUUUGAAAAUAGAUGUAUGUGGUUCUUCCCGCCUUACACAACACACACACACACACACACACACAAACACGUACACACUAACCAUUCCUUUCAAGACUAAACAUGAGAGAUUGGAAACACCUGUCUGUAACCAAAAAUAAUACAGGCAGAUAUACUUCAUGCUUCACCCUAGUUAGUAUUUCUGCCUUUCCCAGCGUACAUCUCUACAUGUUUCAAGGUGUCAGCUAAAUAGGCUCUGAUGAGCUAUGGAUAUCAUUUGGCUUGAUACGAGUGGUAGUGGUAAGGUCUCAUGGAGUGAAUAUUGAACUUUGAAGUCUUUUGGGAAAGAUGAUUAUGGAAAUGAAAGGACUUUUCUGGGCUUAGCACUUCAGGUGAUUGUCAGUAUUACUUGGGGGUGGGGGUGUACUAAUUAUUAGCCACUAUUUCCUGGGGACAUUCAUUACACCAGCUUAAAUAUUUCAUUUACGUUCCAGGGUUGACAAUUGGUACCAUAGUUCUUUAAUCAUAGUAUUAUAGCCUUGCUUUAGGUCCCCACGUUUCUUAGGAAGAACUAAUACUGUAUCAUGUAUUUAAGAAGUAUUAAAGGGGCUAAUAGAGUGGGUUAUGAGAACUAUAAGUAGGUCUAAUAGCUUUUACCCUUCUUUCCUGCCAAAACAUGGAAGAGUAGAGGGAGGGAGUUUUUCCAGUGACAAAAAAUAGUUCUGCCCAGAGAAGUAAUAGCUCCUGCUUGACUGUAUUACCAAAAAAAAAACCAAAACAAAACAGGUCAGUGGAGGGUAUUUCAGUGUUUUCAAGGCCCUUCCAGGUCUACUGGAGAUGACCUAGAGCAGUCCAGUAGGUGAGGGCUGUGUUAACUUCUCCCAGCAUCUUUCCAAAAGGUCAUUUCCUAUGUCCCCCUCUUUCAGUAGUAUCUUCCAUUACAAGUAGAAUAUUAAUGCAAAAAAAUUCUGAUUCCUGAAAUCAGUUGGCUUGUAGUUGCUGUUUUGCUCUUGAGUUGCUAGAGGGCAGCAUUGGAUUAUGUGAGUAAUUGAAGGCAAGGCUUUU